AUGACAACAGCAGUUAACUCAGAUUUUGUGAUAUCACUAGCACAGCACCUUGCUGGGGAGAGAUCAUUGUAAGUAUUACACAUGCAGGUGAGCCUGCUUCACAGCUGUGAAAAUAAUAAAUUUUGAAUUUAAUAAUUAUUAAAUUCAAAAUUUAUCACUAUUUUAUUUCAAAGGUGCAGUAGUCCUAAUUAAGAAUUAAGGAUAAGCAUCUUGUGUCAGAGCUUUGUGACCAUAUUGGUUGUAGGAAUGUGAAUGUGAAAUGUAGUGACUAGGUAUAUGUUUCAUUAAAGAAAUUAUUUUUCAUUUUGUAGACCUACACCUCCUGGCUGUGAUCCCAAAGCAUUUGUUCUUGGUGUUUCUAAAAAGGAACAGCUACACAAGCAAGAACUGGCAGUAGUAAACAGGUUUCUUCACUGUAGAGGAUUGGCAGUUAUUGGUGAAGGUGAUGAGGUUGAAACUUAUCGCAGAGCAGUUGUAAAUGUUGCCAUUCUUAGCAGUGCUCGUUCGUCCAAAAGCAAAUUGAAGAACUCUUAUACUGUUCAGUAUGAGGAUGCAAGAGGAUUAACUCACUUUGGAGAAAUUUAG